UGGCAGCGCCCAUGGUCGUCAGUUGUUUAUGCACUGUGUGUCGCAGUAGAAACUCGCUGAAAUUCAUAAAAUAGCUGUUGUUUUGUUUUGAUUUAAAAUAAUUUUUGGUCUAAGUAAUAACUGAUACAGAACUUAAUCUGUGUGAGGUAUCCAACAUGAAUCGCACAACUAACAAGCGCCCCUUGAAAAGAACUGACCAGUUUGACAUUGAGUUGUUUACAACUGAGAAUCCUCAGAGAGGGAGUGAUGAUGCUUCAAAGUCUAGCAAAAGGACAAGAUACAUGAUGGGGCAAGCUAUCCCUGAGCAAGGGUGGCAGCGUUGUCAGUCGGGCUUUGAUGGAGUGAUUACAAAGGAGGAAGAGGAGAGAAGAGGGCUGCAUCAGUUGAAGAGUAGAGGAGCCAAGAGGUUCAGUCUCAGCUCAACGAAACCUGCCCAAGAAGGUUCCUCUUUGGACAUUGACUGGAGCUCCAGCAGUGAGAGCCUGUCAGAUGUUGAGCCCCUCCAGCAGGAGCCACUUAGUACAGAACACCACAAGAGGGCCUCGCACAAGAAGCGAACUAUCCGGAAAGCAAGAUGCAAGACCAGGUUUCAUCAGGGAGCUAAACUUGGGAGGCUUGAGUUAGCUGCAGGAGAAGAGGAUGAUCUUGAUAUAGUGGAGGAUCUUGAGGAGGGAGGAGGUAAACGGGGCGUGUCUCAGGGAGAUGGGAGUAAAACGACCUCGAUGACCGAACAAGGCCAGCCCACAUUGGAGGAGAAGAAAUCCUCACAGAUUCACAUAUCUGAUUAUGAUUCCCCGUCAGAAGAUCAGUUCAACCUUGCAUCGAGUUCUCAACAGGGAUCCAGCUCUCUGCACAUCUCUGACCACUCCCCCACCCCUCAACCGUCACCGGUCCAAAGCCCCUCCAAAGAGAGUCCUAGAACUGGAACCGAACUACUUAAACGUCUCAAACUACCAGAGAGGACCCCUGACAAAGAGGGCGCUACAGGGGGACCUAGCGGAGGCGGGGAUUCGGGGAAAAAAAAGAAAAAGUUUGUCAGGGGCGGUUUAGCUGAAGAUUUACAGAGAGUGAUGAACAGGGAGAAAUCCUCCAUGGCGUUCUGGUCUCAUCGAACAAUAGACACGGCAGCAACAAACCAGAGUCCUGCACUUGACCUUCUCGUCCUAUCUUUGGAGGAGGUCAGGGGAUUGUUCAUCACCCGAUGCCAGAUGCAACCUUUGACCUCCGAGGUCAAUGAGGAAACGCUUGUGCUGUUUUCUCAAGCCAAUGGGAGACAGUUGAAGCUUGGAUUGGGGUCAAGGGUCAGAGUUCAUCCUCCAUGGCAGAAGUUGACUCUACCGGACUACAAGCAGCCUGUGAUUCUUUGCACCUAUUUCUGUCAGUCAGUGGAGGAUGGCACAGAGGGUGGCGAGCAAACGGGGAAUCAAGCCUCGUUGUUCCCGAACAUGAUGAGUGGUCCCUCACUGGGAGAGCAACUGAGGCCACUACAACUCUUCCAGCCAAGGCCGAUUCCAGCCCAAACAACGACCAAGUCCACUUUGCAGUCAGUACUGCCACAAUCUACAGAGGCCCCAAAAGGCCAAGUAUCCGAUUCCUUCCUGGACAGCAUAGCACAGACCGGUAUGUAUUCCUCAGCAGGCAUGUGUGUGGUGGCGACUUUUCACAGAGUGUACCACAGGAGAUGUCUCCCGGAGGCUACCUUAGCAAGCAGGAAGUUUUUAAGUCACUCCCAUGCGGUGCCUGCCAAGCAUUCCACACAGUGGACCCUACUCAUCCAGGACAGCCAGGGGGUCUUCUGUGAGCUUCAGGUGACCCUAGCAGGCACUGGGGAGGAGGAUGAGGAAGAGGAAUGGAGGCGGUGUUUGAGACAUGGAGAAAGGAAGACGUUCGUCUUCUCUGGACUCAAAGUGAUGAGACGAGUAAAUAGAACAAGAUCUCCAGGGUUGUUUUCGUUAAUUGAUUCAAUGUGGUCCCCUUGUGAAGGAACAACCUGUCAAACAGACACAGAAUCACAGGAUUCUAAGUCACAGGGACUUGUAGCGCCACAAAGCUUCUGCUACAUCUUGGGAGUGCAGACAUUGAAGAAUUCCAUCAGAGAGGAGGGGACGCACCGAGUGAGAAUACCUUACAGAGAACCUGUAAUAAACACCCUGGGGGAAAUUGAAAAGAUGUCAGAUAUUAGCAAUCAGCGAGUAGCCUGUUAUGCCAAACUAGUGUAUGCUCAUCCCGUUAUCGAUCCCCACACUGCGUCUCAACAACCUCAGUCCGAAACACCUACCACAGACUGGCACCUCUUCCUCACAGACCACUCACUAUCUCCAAUAGCAGAAGAUUUAGCAACAAAGACUGAAAAGAACUCGGGGAAUGUGACUGGAAUGCUCGGUGAUGAGCGGUGCCGGGUGGGUCGAGGCACCAGACUCAUGUAUGUUUAUGUGAGGAGAUCCUGCAGUGCAGUGGAAUGUGAAAAGGACUGCUUUGGAGUUCCAGGUUGUCUGGUUCUUCUGAGAGAUUUAUGCUGUGAACAAGGUCAUCUGCAUGCGGAUACAUACACCAACAUCGACAAUCUCACUGAAAGCCAAACUGAGAAGACUGAGAGGAGUUGCAGUCCUCAAGAUGGGAACCUCAUCCAUCGAUUAUCAACCCUCCCUAUCCCUCCGUUACCGGAUCUUGGUCUUCAUAGUGAUCAACAUACUCUUGUCUCUAUCUCAGGUGUGGUGACUGGAGUGGAUGAAGCAACAGCCUACAGCUGGCCAGCGUGUGACACCUGCGGCAAUGACAGACUCCAAGUUGAUCCCAACAGUGGCUCCGAGUUGCACUGCAAGGUGUGUCAAAGGUCGGUGACCUCCCCCUCGACCCGAAUGCAUCUUGAGAUAACUAUGGAUACUCCUGCGUUAGGUCAAGGAGAAGCAAAAAUCAAAGUUCAGCUACUGCAGUCCAGUAUCGAGCAGGUACUUCCCCCUCUCAGCAGCCAGGAAGACGGCUACGACAUGCAAUGCAUCAUGGGAAUCAACAUCGGACCAAUCAGUUGCUUCCUGAGGACCGUCUCUAGGCAGCAUGGGGAACCUGUGAACUUUGACCUCGAGGAAGUAUCCCUUGAACCAUGACCAUGAUACAUCCUCUAAAAACAAGGAAGCGUGUUUGGAAGUCCCGUGAACAACCAAGAGAAAUGUAAUGAGACUGUCAUCGAGGAAAAGAUCGCCAUGGUCUUGUGAAAUAUUGCAAGUCAUUAAAAGUUUGUUGAUACUAUGCUUGGUAAUCACGAUGAUUGUCAUGACUAAACGAGCUACAUUUGGUAAACGGAGCAUUAGUAUAAGCACAAGUUUGUGUAUGGACUUUGAUCAAGUGUUGUUGUUUUGCAGAGGCUGUUGUGAAAUUUUAGGGGAUAUAUUUGGUUUUUGCUUCUUCAAUUAAAAAAUGAAACGUUAUGUUGAAACUACCAAACUGAACCUGGGAUGUAUUGCUCGGUUGUUGUAAACACUGUGACGUCUUCACAGUUAGACUUACUAACUUUUAACUCAGUGUAAAGGUUUUCACUACAGGCCUAUGGGGAUUGUUUCACUAAAGGGGGGGUGUUCUGUUUAGCAGAGUUUUUUAAUGCAGCAUUUUCUGUUUAAUGCAGCUCUGUGAAAUUGGGCCAUGGUUUACACAGGUACGGUCCAAAGAAUUGUUUCCAGUGUUUUUCUGAAUGCUGCAGUUGGGCAGUGCAUGCUGGUCAAAGUAUGCAUUAAAGGCACUGGAAACCUUUGUGGACACCUUUGGUAAUUGUCAAAGACCAGUCUUUUCACUUGGUGUAU